ACCAAAAUUUAAAAAAAAAAAUUAAAAAUUAAAAAAAUUGCUGAGUGUAGAGUGUUGAGAAAGGAUGAUGACUAUGGAAGUUCCAUGGACCUCUUCGUUAUUUUCUAGCAUAAAUACCCUUAAUAAAACCUCUGACUUUUCUCCGAUGUUCCGCUUCUCCAUUUCUAGAACACUUUCUUCCUUCCCUUCUCGUUCUCGUCCUCUUUCAAUGGCCUCUGCUUCUCGGUUUUCACCUCAGGCUGUAUCAACUGGGGGUGUUGCUAGUGAUGUCAAUGUCUUCCAAUUGAUUCAAACCCACCAGGAAGCUGCAGCUAGGCUGCCUCCGGUUGAGGAAAUUCGAACUGUAUUUGAUUGCAAUACACGUGGCAUGCUUUCCACUUUUUCUGAGAAAUAUGAAGGUUACCCAUCAGGUUCGCUGGUUGACUUUGCAUGUGAUGCUGAUGGAUCUCCAAUAUUAGCUGUUAGCAGCCUGGCUGUCCAUACAAAGGACCUGUUAGCUAAUCCCAAAUGUUCAUUGGUUGUUGCUAGAGAUCCAGAGGAUAGAACUGACAUAGUAAUUACCCUGCAUGGGGAUGCUCUUUCUGUUCCUGAAAAAGAUGUAGCAGCCUUUCGAGCUGCCUAUUUGGCUAAGCAUCCCAAUGCAUUCUGGGUUGACUUUGGUGACUUCCAAUUUUUGCGCAUUGAACCAAAGAUUGUACGAUACGUGUCAGGCGUUGCAACUGCUUUAUUAGGAUCUGGAGAGUUCAGCAAAGAGGAAUACCAAGCUGCAAAAGUUGAUCCAAUAGCUCAGUUUUCCAAGCCUGUUGCGUCUCACAUGAACAGGGAUCAUGCUGAGGAUACAAGACUCAUUGUGCAACACUCCACAUCAAUUCCGGUAGAGUCUGCUUGCAUGCUGGAUUUGGAUAGUCUCGGAUUCUAUGUUAAGGUGGGUUAUCAAGGAGAUACUUUCAAGCUCCGAAUCCCUUUCCCAAGACGUGCAGAAGAUAGAAAGGAUGUGAAGACCCUAAUAGUGGAAAUGCUUCAAGUUGCUAAGUCUCACGCUAAAUGAUUGCACAAUGAAAGAGAACAAAAAGCUUCCUGUAUCACAUCACAGUCACUUUCUAGUGGACAUUGAUAAAUUGGACUGGGUGAUGUCGGAAUAAAGACACCAAGUUGCCAUGGAUGCUGUCUUGUUCUGUAAUUUGCAUUUGUGUAGUACUGUGCUUAAUAAUUAGACAAAAAAAUAACAUAAAUAGGAGGUAUCUUUUGUUAAUAUGUAAGUCUCUGUUGAUCGUAUAAUUUCAUUUCCUAUGCAUUGUACAAAGACAAUUUGUUAAGAAUUAAGCUAAUGAAAUAAUAAAAAUAUUACUCAUAAAGAUCA